AUGGAUGAGUUUUGGUUGCCGCUGAGGGCCUUUGACUACAGUGCCAAUGGGAAGAAUGGAUUCUUGCCAUCCAACCAACAGAUCAAUGUGCACAUGCCUGAAUUUUUGGCGUUCGGAUACAAGUCCGCAAUAGGCAACAUCGAGUGCAAAUUCCCUCUUAGGGACGGUACAAGACUUGUUCAGAACUUCUCCGUGGGGGUCACUGAUGGCCAUACGAAGAUCAUCAUCAUGAUGAGCAUCGUGGGCAUUGCACGAGAGCUGGAACUUUCCAAUGCAGAGUUGAACGACCCACAACUGUCAAUGGUUCUGGCAAGUUUUGGCCAAGUCAGAUGUUCCUAUGAGCAUUUCCAGAACCCAGCACAUUUCUUCCUCUACAGUUUGAAAACUGGCUUUGUCUCGUCGGAGAAACAGGGGCCGUCCCCCAUCGAAUUGGUAGCUGAAUUGCAGCAAGCAGUGGAGCUCCAACGGCGCCAAACCCAUUCCAAAGCCAGUGCAUUACGUGACCAUCUAGGCCGAGUCAUUGCAGAGUACAACAAGAUGGUCAGUGUAAAAAAACACAGGCUGGAUUCUCCGAAAAAGGCUUUGGCCUACAACCUGAUGAGGUGUCCAUCAGAAUUGUUGGCCCUUCUCCACAGACACUACGAUCAUUACAAAGCAGAAAGCUCAGGAGUACCGCAUGAAGUUCUCCAAUCCGAUUUUUUCGUGCCUGGGUCUUGCUCGCGCAGGGAGGCGGAGCGAUACCGGGGGAAGCCACAGUUCAAUGAGAUAUUGACUGUCUCGGCUGAAACCACAAUGCUCUACUUUGAGAGAGUGGUUCAGGACUUCAGCAGAAAAGCUUCCAGAGAAGCAAGCACCAAAGCCAAGGAGACGGGUCAAAAAAAAAGGCAAGUUUUGCUCAUGGGGCACUUGGACACUGAUCUCGCAACUGUGCUCAAAUCUGCCGAACCUUUCGAUUGGAACCGCAUCAGCUUCAUCUUGGAGGCCCAUGGAAAGAGCCUGGAAGAGUUCGUUGUGCAGCACCAGGAUUCCAGCAAGAAUGCUUUGCGGAAGUCCUUGGAGGCCGCGUUCAGCUCUUGGAUGGAAGAGCUCAAAGCGGACCAGGCUCAAUUCAUGGCGGACAAAGUUCUGACCUUUGCCUUCGCUUAG